AUGGCAGAGCAACAUGUUGAGACGAAGCACCUUGACCCAUAUAAGGAUGUCAACCUUGAUACUGAGGUGACAUUAGAGCAGAAAAUCUACGAUCUAAGCCACUUCAUGGAGCAUUGCAAGUAUGCCAUGAUGACCACCCAUGACGCCGACACAGGGAAUUUGGUAUCCAGAUGCAUGGCACUUGCAGCACAGGAGACAGGAGGAAUUGACCUUCUCUUUCAUACCAACACCGAGUCCGGAAAAACCCAUGACCUGGCAAAGGACUCGCAUAUCAACAUUGGGUUCUUGAAUAACUCAGGGGAAUGGGCGUCGAUCAGCGGAACGGCCAAUGUGAUUACCGACAGGUCAUUGGUCAAAGAGCAUUAUAGUUCGCGGCUGAAAGCCUGGCUGGGCGAUCUUGGGGAUGGAGUUCAUGACGGGAGCGAGAAUGACCCUCGAUUGGGUAUCAUUCGAGUCAAGAUGAAGACAGCCCAUUACUCGAUUUCGUCCAAGACGCUUAUUGAGAAGAUGGCUCAGAUUGCCCAAGGUACUGUAACCGGGAAGCCGCCAGCAAUAAAUAAACUGCGAGAAAUUAGUGAAGCUGAGGUCAACGAGUGGAGAGCGACACAUUCGGGCAAUUGA